GAGCAGCAGCGUUCCGGGAUCACCUCGAUGGUCUCCCCCUCUCCGCUAAACCACGAGCACGCGCCCGAGGCGCGCGUACGCGGCAGCAGAGCGGCGGCCGCGUUGUGAUCACAACAGGCGGACAGGAGAAGGUUGCCCAAGAGUGUGAGAGUGCGUGUCUGGAUGUGAGUCCGUGUGCCAGAGGAACCUCUCUGACCCGCGGCAGAACUCGGGGACAUGGCUGUGGUGAAGGCGGUGAAGGCGGCGCAGCUCGCGCUGGGACUCGUACUGCUUCUCCGGUGUUUUGGGAACGUGCUCCCGGCGCCCAGCGACCCUCCAGUCCACGGGGUCUCCUACGGCCUUGUCCAGGGGCUACCGGAGGAGGAGGUGGAGGUGAGGGUCGGUGCGUCGCGGUGGAGGCGCUCACUGGAGCAACAGCCCAGGACCCUGGACGGCAACCGGACCGGCCGGACCGAACCAGACCAGGACGAGAACCCGGAACGGGGCCAGGGGCCAGAGGAGGACGACUUCCCGGGGCCGCUGUCGUCCGAGCAGCCGGACAACAGCUCCCAGAUCGAGGAAGACACGGAUCAUAACUACUACACCUCGAAGACCUACGGCCCCGCAGACCCCCUGAGCAAAGGCUUCUGGGUAGACAUCGAUCAGAUGGACAAGGACAAGGUGAAGGUCCACGGAAUCCUCUCCAACACGCACAGACAAGCCGCGAGGGUGAACCUGUCCUUUGAUUUCCCCUUCUAUGGACAUAACCUGCGAGAAGUUACCGUGGCAACUGGUGGGUUCAUCUACACCGGUGAUGUGGUCCACCGGAUGCUCACGGCUACCCAGUAUAUCGCUCCUCUCAUGGCGAACUUUGACCCCAGUGUCUCGCGGAACUCCACCGUCAUCUAUACUGACAACGGCACGGCCCUGGUGGUGCAGUGGGACCACGUGCGGCUGCAGGACCUGGACCACCUGGGGAGCUUCACCUUCCAGGCCUCGCUGCACCGCGACGGCAGGAUCCUCUUCGCCUACCGAGAGGUCCCGAUGGACGUGUCUCAGAUCAGCUCGGUGAACCACCCGGUGAAGGUGGGUCUGUCUGACGCCUUCGUGGUCCUCGACCACGUCCAGCAGAUCCCCAAUGUUCGCAGGAGGACCAUCUAUGAGUAUCACCGUGUAGAGCUCGUGAAGACCAAGAUCUCCAACUCCACCGCUGUGGAGAUCACCCCCCUGCCCACCUGUCUUCAGUUCACCGACUGCUCCAGCUGCAUCUCCACCCAGAUCAGCUUCAACUGCACCUGGUGCCACCGGCUGCACCGGUGUUCCAGUGGUUUCGACCGCCAUCGGCAGGACUGGGUGGACAACAGCUGUCCUGACGAGACCAAGGAUAAAAGCUGUGACAUCAUCCUCACCACGCCGCAGCCCGUGGUCACCACGACGACCGUCGUCAGGACAACGUCCCGGAGCCAAGAGACCGACGCUGGACCGGGUGUCCGGUCCUCCACACACACACCCACCAGCGUCCCAACCGAAGAUGACACCAAGAUUGCGGUCCACCUCAAAGAACCAGGAGACGGGCGGUCAGAGAACACAUUACCCGCGGCCCGUGCUGACGGAGCGGCCCCCCGGGUCUCUCCUGGGACCCGCCCCCUCCACACCGGGCUGAUCCUGGCGGUCGUCGUGGUGAUGGUGGUCCUGGUGGCGGGGCUGGUGCUCAGCCUGUACGUCUACCACCACCCCACCUCCACCACCGGGCUGUUCUUCAUCGAGAGGCGUCCACGGCGCUGGCCAGCGAUGAAGUUCUACCGCCGGUCGGGCCGUCCAGCCUACGCCGAGGUGGAGCCCACCGGACUGGGGAAGGACGUCUUCAUGGACCCCGACCAGUUCUGAGACCCCCCCCCCCCGGGACCAGCAGAGACUGGGACCAGCAGAGACCGGAGAUCCGUCCGCUGCCCGCUCGGUCCAACCUCUCUGUUUCAAUAGCGACCGAAGAGGGAUUAUUAUGGACUGGUCUCUCAUCUGGACCCGCUAGGGACCCGGGUCCUGUUGCGACGACGACCGGCUCUGGGGACGAUGGCUGGUGACCUCAUCGGUACCCGCGGUAGACUUCUAUAUGAUCUAUAUUUUCAAAAACAAUGAGCGUUGGACUUCUGUUGCGACCGCAGCAAACGGCUUUCCUAUAAUCAUCUGAUUUGUUUCUCUCGAUUAGUUUCCUUUUUUUUUUUUUUUUACUUUGGACAGUUCUUGCACCAGGGGGGAGGGGGGGCGGCUGUUAUAUUUCAAUGAAUUGCGCUUUCCGGGAGCUUAUCUACGCUAGGUGUAGCUACAUUGCAGUGGUGUCAAGUUACUAUGCUGUAUUUCACGGCCACAACUAACUAAAAAGCCGUAGAACAUACCGUACGAACUAGCUAUUAUGAUAAUAAUGUAGCUAAAAGUAGUUAUUACAAUCAUACGUACCAGCUAAAGUUAGUUAUUACGAUCAAACCUAGAUAGAACUAGCUAUUACAAUCAUACAUUGCUAAAACUAGCUAUUACGAUCAUACGGACUAGCUUAGACUAUUGUGAUCAAACCUAGGUAAAACUAGCUAUUACAAUCGUACGUACCAUUACAACUAGCUAUUACGAUCAUGUAGCUUAAACUAGCUAUUAUGAUAAUACGUAGCUAAAACUAACAAUUUUGAUCCUAUGUACCAGCUAAAAAGACCUUGUGUAAAAACUAUAACUCGCCUAAACCACAGUUCGUACCAGCUAAAACUAGCUAUCAAGAUCACACAUAGCAGUUAGAACAAGCAAUUAUGAUUUGGUCAUCUCAAGAAUCUCUAAAAAUAUUAACCCGAUGGUGACCCAUCCUCUGGCCCCACUAACGAAACCCUUGCAAAUGCAGUGGCUGACAUCUUAACGUUAUGAAUGUUACAAAGUGGGUGUCAGUGGCGUCUCUCCGUCCUGCGUUCAAAUGAGAUGGCCUUCACAACAUCACGCUUGUGUUUACAUCUGGUGGGAGCAGAUUGAGUUACUGAGGAUAAAUGACUCGGUGAAGAGCAAGGUCUCCAAUUAUCCCUCCCUGCAGUCCUAUUUGAGUUGAUUUAUGAAAAAAUGUGUUUUCCUACCAUUUCGUCAUUGACUAGAUUUUGCACAAAGUGGUCCCUGCACAUAGUUUCUCAUUUGCCAUGCGGUACUUACGCAACGCGACCGGACGUUGUGGAUGUGCACACCCCCUGCUGGUUAUACCUGGGAUUCCUUGAUUUUGUUUUGUGUGUCGCACCCGUGUGUGUGUGUGCGUGUGAGCUGGCUCUGUGCGGUUGAUUCUUAUUGGUUGAUCUGAUAGGUGACCUAUCUUUCGCUUUGUAUCCUAUGAUGCCUUCCUGCCCUCAUUACGCUCAUGAUUAGCUUACUUAAAUAAUUAUGUGACAGGAUAGAGUUGGGUUGAAGGGAAACCGCCUAAACGUUUAGAAUCAGUUGACGGCUAACCUAGCAUACCACUGUGGUGUUACCUUUUACAGUUUUUUAUUUUGUGGCCUUUUGAUCUAAACUUUUUAUCUGAAUGUGAAUAUUUCUGGUCAUCGCUUGCAGUUGAGCCUGAUCAUCAAAAAUACAUUUAAAUGAUUUCAGUCGAAAAUGGUUUCACAGACCAUUAUUAUUAAUAUAACAGAAUGUAUCAGAUUGUCUCUUAUUGUAGAUUGAAAUUUAACAACUCCAAUGAAAAAGAAAAUCUGUGCAAUAUAACAUCAAUAUUACAUUCAUCCAUUGUUAAUUACAUCUAUCCAUAAUCCAUCCUGUUUUCAUGGUAACGAGACCAAAGACUCAACCAAAAGAUGUACCUCAACCGUUGAACCUUCCCUUCCCAUAUUUGUUCAGUGUAUUGCCAUACAUGGCCCAUCCAUGAUGGAUGACCCAUACAUGACCCAUACAGGUAGACCCAUACCUGCGUCUACGUCCCUCACUCUAGAGUUAAAGCGUUGGCGGUGAUUUCCAGGUUCCACAAUGCAGUCGUACGCGGGGAGAAGGGUUUGGGUUUAUUUGAUUGGUUUGUUUUCUAAGCGGGCCGCGGCGUGACUUUUACUUUGGAUCCCUGCGUUUUCUGGAAUUGCUUGGGGUGCGUUUGUUUUACUGCGACCGGGGGCGGAGGGUGAAGACAGCUCGCGACGCACGGCUCCAUGUGUUUCUUGAGGGUUGAAUUCUGCAGUUAUUCCUUGUUUUGCGUCUCUGGAGGCUUUCACUUGACGUCCGACCACAAGGCCGUGGAGCAACAUGGAGGAUACGGGGAGGAGGGGGAUAAACACUACAGACCGUUGAGUAACGACGAGGACUUCAGAGAGAAGAGUGGCGAGGAGAGGGGGAAGAGGAGCAGAGAGGGAGGGGCGAGGAGAUUGGAGAGGGGAAAGAGUAGAAAGGAGGGAGGAUGAGCAGUGUUUAUCUCAGUAGUCCUGUAUCGCAUCGUUCUGUCUCCUCUGUAACUUCUGGUGUUUUGAUUACAUUUUAAAUAAUAAAGAACAUUGUUUAAAAAAAGAA